AUGAGUGGUACCUGUAUCCAUGAGCCCCGUGCCCCUUCCCCCUCCCUGUCAGGCUUCACCACCCCCAUCUCAGAGACCCCCUAUCGACGACUCGAUGGAGGCAGCUCUGCCUGCACCCCCGAAACGGACCUGACCCCCACACAGUGUGUCAUCCGUAACUUGCUGUCCAUCGACACCGGUGGACAGGGGGCGCCCGGUGGCAGCAGCCCCACUCCCAGCGAUGGAACCUCGGCCCACUUUGACAACAGCGUGCUAAAACUACAUGAACAUGAGGUCUGCCAGUGUGGCGGGGGGGCCGAGGCAGGGCACAGUCCGGAGGCUGGCGCUGUGCGGAGCCAGUCGGACUACAUUCGGCUACAACCGGGAAGUGGAGGGUUUUUGGAGGGACUGUUUGGUUGUCUCAAGCCAGUCUGGACGAUGAUUGGAAAGGCCUACUCCACUGAACACAAGCAUAGCCAUGAAGAGUCCUGGGAGGUACCUUUUGAGGAGAUCUCGGACCUGCAGUGGGUGGGCAGCGGGGCACAGGGGGCCGUCUUCCUCGGCAAGUACCACGGAGAUGACGUGGCUGUAAAGAAAGUGCGGGACAUCAAAGAGACCGAGAUCAAACACCUCCGCAAACUCAAACACCCCAACAUCAUUACUUUCAAGGGAGUGUGCACCCAGGCUCCUUGUUACUGUAUCCUGAUGGAAUAUUGUGCCCAAGGCCAACUGUAUGAGGUGCUGAGGGCGGGCCGCAAAAUCACCCCUUCCCUCCUGGUGGACUGGGCCAUGGGCAUCGCAGGGGGCAUGAACUACCUACAUCUCCACAAAAUCAUCCACCGAGACCUCAAGUCCCCAAACAUGCUGAUUACACACGAUGACCUGGUGAAGAUUUCUGACUUUGGCACCUCGAAGGAGCUCAGUGACAAGAGCACCAAAAUGUCGUUUGCUGGCACCGUGGCCUGGAUGGCUCCGGAAGUGAUUCGGAAUGAGCCAGUGUCAGAAAAGGUGGACAUUUGGUCCUUCGGGGUGGUGCUGUGGGAGAUGCUAACUGGGGAGGUCCCUUAUAAAGAUGUGGACUCAUCUGCCAUCAUCUGGGGAGUGGGAAACAACAGUCUUCAGCUGCCCAUACCUGAGAGCUGCCCGGAUGGCUUUAAGAUUCUCCUCAGACAGUGCUGGAACUGUAAGCCCAGGAAUCGUCCUUCUUUCCGUCAGAUCCUUCUUCAUCUUGACAUAGCAUCAGCUGAUUUACUGUCCACUCCACAAGAGACGUACUUCAAGUCUCAGGCUGAAUGGCGAGAAGAGGUGAAAGAGCACUUUGAGAAGAUUAAAUCUGAGGGUACUUGUAUCCACCGACUCGAUGAGGAACUGAUCAACAGACGCAGGGAAGAGCUCAGGCAUGCGUUGGACAUUCGUGAGCAUUAUGAGAGGAAGCUGGAGAGGGCUAACAACCUUUACAUGGAGCUAAGCGCUGUCAUGCUGCAGCUGGAGCUUAAAGAGAAAGAGUUGCAGAAGAGAGAGCAGUCUUUGGAUAAGAAGUAUCCAGGCUUGUUUAAGCAUCAUAGCUCCAAGCAGGGCAGCUCCUCCAACACCAUGGACAAACUCAUCAAGAAGAGAAAUGUCCCGCAGAAACUGCCGUCAGGAAAGAGGCCAGACCUCCUCAAGUCUGAGGUAAUCUUUCCAAAAAUGGAUUCCUCCGUAAUGCAAGUCACUAUCCCAGCCUGCCCCAACAGAAGCUCCACUUCUCCUAACCGGUCCCGACGGGUAAAGACCCGACAUCGCAAGCCCGGUAAGGGGAGCAGUGGGGACCUGGCUGGACUUAAGCUGAAUCAGUCGUCCCCUAAUAGGGACACAACUGCCCAGGUUAACAGCUCCACCACCAACACCUCAAAGCAUCUCCUGGAGCCUUCUGCUGCCCUGCGGGGCCAUGAGCAGCAGCAGCGGCAGCUCUCCUCCUCCAGCCCUGACCUCAUCUGCACCACACUACAGGCAGAGGCCCAGGGAAAAGGGGAGGCCUCGGUGGGUGGGCUGGAGAGAGGGGGGAGCCUCAGUGCCUCUGCGGGCUUAGGGGGGUCCGAGGUGGGUGCAGCUGGCAUGGAUGACCUCAUAGAAACUCCUCCGCGCAGCGACACUCCCAGCGAGGAUGCUGCGUCGUUCCCGUUCUCCAGCAGCCCGGACUCCCCGUGUGGGAGGGGUGCGGCAGCAGGACGCGGAUCUCUGGGAUCUCCACGGCUGCCACAUGACGGAGAGGACAAAGAGGAGGGGGCCGGUGCUCUGAGGUUGCCCCGGGGGGCAUCAGGGGGAAUCGGGAGUCAGCACCUUACACCUUCAGCCAUUCUAUACAGGGCAGCUAUCUCACGCAAACAGAGGCGUGGAGUAUCAUCAGAAGAGGAGGAAGGUGAAGUUGACAGUGAGGUUGAGUUACCACGGAGACGACGACCGACCAGCAUCACCAAGUGCCAGUCGGUGUCUACGUUCAGCUCAGAGAACCUGUCGGUUUCGGACGGCGAGGAGGGCCACACCACGGACCACUCUCACAGCGGGACUCCAGACGUGGUCAGCACCAACACCGACGACAGGUUGGACGACCGCAGCGACGACCUCCUCUCGCAGGGCUCUGAGAUCCCGGCAGACAACACUGAUCCUGCGCAGGCUUCUGAUGGCCUGUCAGAGAGAGACGGAGCCCUGGGCCCGGCGAAGGCUCAGCUGGACGCUGGGCAGAAUCCUAAUGAGAGCCGGGUUCUUUGCGAUGACUCCGACUGCGACAGUGUUGAGCUGGAUCAGUCCGGCAGUGGAGAGCCCAGCCGCCCCCCCAGUGCUGGAGCAUGGGUUCCACCUUCUCAGUCCUACCCCGGGUCUCCACAGGCGCCGCACACAGGACCUCCAUAG